AUGACGAGCGUUGUUCAGAAUGCAAUCAAAAGUGAGGCUUUUGGAUACGCCUAGGGGUCGGAGUACUUGCAAUCGAAUGUUCCAGAAGAGAAACCGAGAGGCGAGGAGACGAAGAGCGAGGUGGAGUCGGAGCCGAGCGAGUACUCGCAGACGAAGAGCAAGAGUGUCAUGUCUGCGCCGAGCACCGACGACACUUCGCUCCGUCACGCCUACAGUGUGCUCUUGCGAGUUCUCAUGUCCGGAAAAGCCGGCGAGCACACUCUGACUCGAGCCGUCCCGCCGGACGAUGUCUUUUCGCUGCUCGAUACGGUCAAGUGAGCGACGAAAAUAAGAGUCCGUCUCAACACCACAUUCAGAAAGGUGUUCAUGGAGCAGCCAGUGUGUCUGGAGCUCGACGGUCCGAUCCAAGUGUGCGGGGACAUUCACGGACAGUUCAGUGAUUUGCUGCGCAUCUUCGACAAGGCCGGCUUCCCGAACCGCCAAAACUACCUGUUCCUCGGCGACUACGUGGAUCGCGGCAAGAACUCGCUGGAGACGAUUCUGCUGCUCUUCUGCUACAAAAUCGUCAUCCCCAAACACUUUUUCCUGCUGCGCGGCAACCACGAGUGUCCGAUGAUCAACAAGAUGUACGGGUUCUACGAUGAGUGUCAGCGGCGCUACCGUCUGACGCGUGUCUGGGAGGCAUUCCAGGACGUGUUCGCGCACAUGCCCUACACUGCGAUCAUCGGAGGACGCAUUCUGUGCAUGCACGGUGGGGUCGGACCCAAGGUUCGUUGGGGGGAUCAGAACGAUCGGAACGGCCUGAAACUUGGGCCUAGAAGCCUGCAAAGCAGACUUGCAACGGGCCGGGCCGGGCCAAAAUUGGAAAUUUUCCGGCCCGGCCCGGCCCGGUCGGCCCGGGAGGAUGCACCUAAAAAUUCAAAGCGAACUAGAACUUCGAAACGAAUAUAAUUUUAUAGACUUAAAAUUUUAUAGACUUAAAAAGGCAAUGCUAUAGCAUAAAAACCUGUUAAAAAAUAGAAAUUGCUGUUUAAAGUCACAAAAUUUUCACAAAAAUUACAAAAAUUUUCUCAAGAGUGGGCGGAGCGAUUGAUUGCAACUCUGGCACGCUAUUUUAGCAAUUUUGCCGCACGCGUUUUCCUCUUCCUUCAUAUUUUUUUUGCAUAUUUUUUUUGAGGUCUAACUUCCGGGCCGACGGGGCCGGGCCGGGCCGACGAUUUGCUAACCCGGCCCGGGAUUUGGCAAGUCUGCUGCAAAGUGUGCCAAAACUCCAGCGUUGGCCGGGAAAAAAUAUCUGAAACUAGAUGGAAAUGAAAUGGAUUUCAGUUGACGAGUCUCGACAUGCUCCGUCAGUUCAAACGUCCUCAAUACCAGCCGGAAACGCAGUCGCUCGAGAUGGACAUCCUCUGGAGUGACCCGUCGAACUUCCACAAGUCGUGGGCGCCGAACACGCGCGGAGUCUCGGUGGUGUUCGGCGCCGACGCGCUCCGCCGUCUCCUCAACAACGUCGACAUUGACAUUGUCGUGCGAGCGCAUCAGUGCGUCCAGGACGGCUACGAGUUCUUCUGCGGCCGCCGCCUCGUCACGCUCUUCUCGGCGCCCUUCUACUGCGGACAAUUCGACAACGCGGCCGCCGUGAUGCUCAUCAGCGCGCGGCUCGUCUGCUCUUUCAAGGUUACCGAAAACUUUAAUUUUUCAUUUAUUCAUAUUUCAUAUAAAUGAAAACGCCUCGGGCAACGUUUCACGCUCUCUCCUUUUUUCAGAUUCUACGCCCGCGGAAGAAGGUCUCGCCGAGGCAAGAAACAAAAGAUUGGAGAAGGGAAUGGAAAGAGUGA